UCGCUCCAUGGUAACUGUUAUUUUGGCCGCCAUGUUGGAUCCGAGUAAAGUUGAAUGGUAGAAGUUGGUGUGGGAAACUUUUCGGUUUGUUGACAAUUUGUAGAGCCAAGAGCACACAUUUACUAUAAGUAGAACUUGAGAUCACCAUGAGUGAUGAUGAGCGGCGCCCGUUGUCCCCCCACAUCGAGGUGGACGAGGGCCCCCCACAGGCACCCGAGGAGCCCCUCAUCGCCCCCCUGGCCCCCCGGGUGGUGCCUCUAGAGGAGAGCCAAGUCGAGGUGUCCGCCAGCCCUGCCUUCCAAGUACUAGACGAGCUCUUCCAUGCAGGCAAGUUGACAGGAACGCAGGUUGCCAACCUCAAGGCAAAGUACACUGAGCUUCACGACACGCUAAGAAGUACCAGAGACAAUGAGCUGAAGCUGCUGCAGGAUGCGAAGACGUACACGGCCGAGCUGGAGAUCCAGCGGGUGGAGCUGGAGAAGGCAGACAACUUCCCGGAGAGCGCCAACACCGAGGUCAGCAAGCUGCGCGCACAGCUGCUCAAACACCACAACGACCUGGCGCAGACGGACGAGAGGGAGUACCAGCUGCAGUACAAGAUCGAGAACCUCCAUGAAGAGAAGCGGCUACUUGAGAGGGAAUACUCCCGGAUGCCCAAACCUGGGGAACUCGAGAAGAAGCAGAAGGAGUUGGAGAAGGUCAUCGAAGAGCUAAAGAAGGAGAUCAGCCAGAGGCAGCAGGAGGCCAAGAACCUGCGGGAGGACCUGGACACACAGCAGAAGGAGAUCACCGAGGAACUCAAGGAACUGGAGAUAGAGCUGGAGCAGCAGGAGAAGUUGAAGUCAGAGUUGGUCCAAAUCAACACCCUACCAGCCCAGUACACCAAGGAACAAGAGAAAACAAACAGGAAGAAACUGGAGGUAGAGAAGAACAGUAAAGAGCUACAGGAGAAGGAGGAAGAGCUGAAUGUUGCCAUCAAAGGUGUCAGUGAGAAGAGGAACCAGGUCGAGGGAGAGAAGGCGGAGGUUCAGGAGGAGCUGAACCGCCAGCGGGACGCGCUCUUCUCCCGACAGCAGGAGUACGAGAUGCUCAACAAGGACUACGAGGUGGCCAAGGAGAGGGAAGCUGUGCUACUGGGGGACAGGGCGACCCUUGACCUGAGCCUGAGACACACGCACCUGGAGAAGAAGACGCAGCAUGACACCCACUCCCGCCGGCAGCGCGAGAAGGACCGCGACCUCCGCAACCUGAAGAAGGUGGAGCUGCAGACCAAGGUGGUGCUGGACGGGCUGGCGCACACGCAGUCCAUCUACGAGAAGGUCAAGGCACAGGUGGACGCUACACCUAAGGAUGAUGGGACACUGCUGGAGAAGAGGAAACAGCUCCAGAACGAGGUUGAUGCAACCAAGAGAAACUUUGCUCAACAGAACGCCCUAACAUCAGUAGAGCAGGUGAAGGUGGAGCAGCUGAUUGCGGAGGAGGAGCGGCUGAUGUACGAGCAGAGCGACCUCAGGAUCGAGGUCGUGGAGCUGCAGAGACUCGCCGCCAUCAAGGCUGACGAGAGGGAGCAGAAAGCCAGGGAUCUACAGAGGGCUCAGUUGAGGUACCAGAGAGCUCUGGAGGACCUGAAGACCAAGCAGCUGUCCAUCACAGACAACCAGAAGAAGCACCAGGAGAUGCAAGUCAAGUUGAAGGACUUUGCUAAGAUGUACGACAUCAUCAAGAACGAAAGGAACAAGAUCGUGAACCUGAUCCAGACCAGCACGCAACGAGCCGCAGAGAUGAGAGAGAAGAUCAAGAUCCUACAGAACGAGAUUGAGAUCCUCAGAACAGCUGUGAACAACAAGGACAGACAACUUCAGAAGGCAAAGCUGAAGCACCAGAACUCGAUCGUGGUGCGUGACAGCCUGCGUAACGAGGUGGCGAAGGCUCGGCGGCUGGAGGAGGAGAUGAGGGAGAAGCGGGAGCAGCAGAGGAUGGACAUCGCCAAACUCAACCUCAUGAUCAACCAGGCCGAGGAGGAGAUGGUCCGUCUCAGGAAGAGGUACGAGAAUGCGGUGCAGAACAGGAACGACCGGGGCGUGCAGCUGAUCGAGAGGAAUGAGGAGGUCUGCAUCUUCUAUGAGAAACUCAACAUCCAAGACACGCUGAUCAGGAACGGAGACGUUGAGCUGCAGGGCAGGGAGGAGGAGAUCAGGUUCUUGAAGAUGGAGCUGACAGAGCUGAAGCGGUCCAUCGACAUCCUGAAGAGACAACUGCCCAACAAGAAGGAACUGGAGCAGGGGCUGGUCACACUGCAGAUACAGCUGUCCCAGUGCCAGGACAGGAUGUUAGAGCUGGAGAAGGAGCUGGAGAAUCCCUACAACAAGGAGCGUGUCCGGCUACUGGGGGGGAGGGACCUGCCUCCAGAGGACAUCAACAAGAAGACUGAGGAUUUGGAGAUGCGUCUGUCGGAGAAAGAGGAACAGCUCCUGGAGAAGGACCUGAUCUUCGAGCAGAUCACCCGACUGAGCGACCGCGUCAGGAAGAAGGCCGAGUCAGGGAAAACAGACACCCUCAACCUCGCCAAGAGUGUAAACGAGCUGCAAGGUAAGAUAAAGGAGUCGACCCGGAGGAUGAUGGCUAAGGUGUCGGAGCUGUCCAUGAUCCAGGCAGAGGCUCUCAAGCUGCAGCAGGACGUCAGGGAGAAGGAACAGACUCUCGAACAGGCGUACAUCCGAAUGGAGCAGGGUGAGGCUCCCACAGAAGAGGCGGCGAUGGAGUGGGACAAACUUCUGCGCACUGACACCAGGAGACAGCUGGAGAGUCAGGAGAAACGAAUGGCUGAGGAAGAGGCAGAACACUACACGAUCGCCGGUGGCAUCACAACAACGGCCGAACCACGUCCGAACGCGUACAUUCCCGAUGACGACACAGAGCUUCCCGUUCCCCGACCGUACGGAUCGCUCGCACCCUUCAAACCACAGGAGGCGGGGUCCUCCAUGAGACAUAUUAGGAAACCGAUUGUCAAACCUAUAGAGAUCUAGAUUAACUUAGGCUUGUCUUGAUAACGCCCCCUCUCCACUAGGCCAGCGAUCGUUCUGUGAAUGUACAUGUAGGGCAAGCAAAGAUUUGACAAAUCACUCAACAAAUUUCUUAGAAAAAGAACAAAUUUUUACACGUUUUGUGUGUUUUCUUGUCCUUUCAAUCAUACUUUUACGUGCUGCAUCAUAUUCCAAUCAUGAAAACAAGCGUCACACAUAUUCAAUUUAAAAUUUGUUUCUCAAUGGCCGCAGUGCGAUCGCUUCCCAAGUGGAAAGGGGGAAUAAUGUAUUUACAUAUGUUGUCACUCUGUCACCACAUUGUGCCUUGUGAAUACACAGGGUCCCUCGGACCAAUAAGUGCCUAAUGAACUUCACAUGCUAUAAUUAUACAUGACAGCAUGACAAUGUCAAGUUGUCACUUAAAUCUCACCGAAGCCUGAAGAUUGUGCAGAUAAAGAGAGUGUUAUACAUGUGCCUUAUGUCACUGCGAAAGAAGAGAUUUAAUUUACUGAAGGACACCAAACGUAAAGUCUCA